CAAAAUAACCCUCACGCCUUUUUCCCUCGAGAGGGUGGAGGGUAUAACGAAAACAAAAACAAAAGUAAAAACAAAACCCUAGUUCUCUUUUCGGCUCCGCCGUGCCCUAAUCUCCUCCGACCAUGGCGAAUCCAAUGGCGCGAUCUUUUCUUCAGGCCGUGGCUUCGGAGGAAGUGGCGUCGCCUCUGCGAGUGGUUCAGAUGGAAGGGCUUACAGUUUUAAAGAUUAUUAAGCACUGCAAGGAGUUCUCCCCAUCUUUAGUUACCGGUCAACUUCUUGGCCUGGACGUUGGUAGCGUCCUUGAAGUCACCAACUGUUUUCCUUUCCCGAUACGGGAAGAAGAUGAGGAGAUUGAGGCAGAUGGGGCAAAUUAUCAGCUUGAAAUGAUGAGAUGCUUAAGAGAGGUUAACGUAGAUAACAACACCGUUGGCUGGUACCAGUCAACUUUGUUGGGAUCUUUCCAGACUGCUGAGCUGAUUGAAACAUUUAUGAAUUACCAGGAGAAUAUUCGGAGAUGUGUAUGCAUCAUAUAUGACCCAUCGAAGUCAAAUCAAGGAGUCUUAGCUCUCAAAGCUUUAAAGCUCUCUGAUUCAUUUAUGGAACUUUACCGUAGCAACAAUUUCACUGGAGAAAAGUUGAGGGAGAAGAAAUUGGCGUGGGUUGAUAUCUUUGAAGAAAUUCCGAUUAAAGUUUCUAAUUCUGCACUUAUUAGUGCAUUCAUGACGGAGCUGGAACCUGAGUCACCUGUUUCACAGUGUGAUUAUGACCGACUCAAUUUAUCAACUGCUCCAUACAUGGAAAGGAAUUUGGAGUUCCUGAUUGAAUGCAUGGAAGAUCUUUUGUCUGAGCAAAAUAAGUUUCAAUAUUAUUAUCGGAACCUCUCAAGGCAACAGGCGCAACAGCAAGCAUGGCUUCAGAAGCGAAGGCAAGAGAACGUGGCAAGGAAAGCUGCUGGGGAGGAGCCAUUGCCAGAAGAAGACCCAUCAAAUCCCAUCUUCAAGCCGAUUCCCGAGCCGUCACGCCUUGAUAGCUAUCUCAUUACAAAUCAAGUCGCUAAUUAUUGCAACCAAAUCAAUGGGGUCGCGGGGCAAAGUUUCAGCAGAUUAUACUUAAUGAAGGCCUUGCACGAUAACUAAUUUGCGUGAAUAUAUUGCGGCACUUCGACCUUUUUAGGCUCUGUUUCUGUAUGAAUACUUCUGUAAUUCCAUAGUAGGCAUUGUGAGUUCCUUUUCUUUUAUCUUUUUUAAUUUUCUAUGACCAUGAUGAGAAAUUUUGAUUGUGAACAAUUGCUUAGACUCUACCUUUAAAAGGUGUUUGCAGUGAAUUUUUAGUUAAAUGCAACAUAAUGGAAUUGUGAAUUC